CAGUGCUAGAGGACGUGCACGAGGUAGCUGCGUCUACUGCCAGACACCUAAAGCAGCCCAACCCUGGAGAGGGAUGGACCCAUCCAGUUCAUUUCCAGCAGAAUUCGUCUCACAGGUGGCUAUUAUUCCGGGCCCCAAGAGGAGCCUGCACUGCACGCCGUAGGAGGUCAUGAAACAACAGUUCCCAAACGAGUGAGUGCCCUGAAGAAGGAAUCAAGGUUCCCUCCUGGGUCCUCGUAGGUCGGCGCAUUCGGCCGCGCAGGACUACGCGAGCGCCAGCAACGGCUGAAAGCGUCCACAUCCCGGAGGCGGCGGCGCCGGACUGAAGCCAGAGUCUAGCAGCCCGCGCGAUGGCAGAGGUGGAGGAAACCCUAAAGAGGAUUCAGAGCCAUAAAGGGGUUAUUGGAACUAUGGUUGUAAAUGCAGAAGGAAUUCCGAUUCGAACAACCUUGGACAACUCAACAACAGUUCAAUAUGCAGGUCUUCUUCAUCAGCUGACAAUGAAAGCCAGGAGCACAGUUCGCGAUAUUGAUCCUCAGAACGACCUGACUUUUCUUAGGAUCAGAUCAAAGAAACAUGAAAUUAUGGUAGCUCCAGAUAAGGAGUAUCUUUUGAUUGUCAUUCAGAAUCCAUGUGAAUAGACUUGCUGUGGCCAAGUCUGUCCUAGUGACCCUGGGUUGGAAACACCUCAGUCUUUAAUGAUUACUAAAAUUGUAUUCCAAUCCAACUAGACCUUUGGACAUUCAUUUCUAUUUUUACAUUUAAACUAUUCUAAAUUUCUCAGUCCCUUUUGAUUGUAUUGUACCGUUGUACUUUAACAAUAUAAUAAAUGAUUUCUGGUACGUAUGCCACUAUUUUUUAAAUACUCCACAAAAUUAAAGGGUUCGAGUGAGAAAACA